AUGUCAUCGAUCCCAAAGCUUACAAUCCCUGAAUCAUCCUACGAUCCUUCGUCCUACAGCCAGGGCCCGCGGAGCAAAUCGCAGCUUCUAAUAUACUUGAUCAAGUUGACUCAUGGAGCGUCGAUUUCACUAGUUGUAACCUUCCUUGUUGCAGUCUUUGCCAUCAAGCCGUUGUUGCAAACAGCUUCAGAGCGACGAUUAGAAGUUCUAGAGUGUAUCCGUGGCAAUCUCCGCGACUUGUAUUUGAAAGUCAUCACCAAAGUCAACUAUAUCCCCAUUACGGCAAUUAGACGCCAUGGCAAAUUGUAUGCUGACGCAAUAGUGCAAACAAGUGGCGACAACGACGAAAAGAAUCAAGCAAAUGAUGCCUUGGGUCAAACGGAGUUGCAUUUGAAGUUGAAAAAAAUCGCGACUUUGCUUCAUGAAAGUGUCAGAGGAAGUUAUGCUAUGGAUAGCUUUAUGCAUUCCAAGGGCUUGUCGUACGCGAUCAAGGAUUUCCAAAACAAGGCCGAAAUGGAGUAUUUCAACGUGGACGAGUUUUUCCUUCUGGAUCGCGGUAUGUUGGCGCCGGGCGCUUCGUUGAACACCAAAGUGAAAAAGAAGAACCUUGUUGUUGAAACCAAGAAUGAGAUUAGAAGUAUCAAGGGUUUAUAUAUGAGCGGUCAAGUUUAG